AUGGUAAUACACACCUACCGCAGUGAGGGUGAGUGUCGCUUUCUUUCCAAACUUGAAUUCAAGGAUCUGAAAUUGAAAAUUCCCAUCACAACCACUCCCCAUUCUUCUCCAUUGACGACAACAAAGAUCCCAAUAACAACACACAAAAACCUAGACAAUCUGUGAAUUUGUGAUUGUGUUGUUGGGAGAAUAACCAAAGGAAUAAUGGCAAUGGCAUUCCGCAGAUUCUCUUCCUCCAUUAAGCCCCUUCGUUCCUCCUUUUAUAACACGUCUGCUUUCUCCAGUCAGGCUGCUAGCCAGAAGGACAUCUCGCGUGUUGAUUGGACAAAACAAUUGAAUGCACCACUGGAAGAGGUGGAUCCAGAAAUUUUUGACAUCAUUGAGCAUGAGAAGGCAAGGCAAUGGAAGGGAUUGGAGCUUAUACCAUCUGAAAAUUUCACAUCCCUGUCAGUGAUGCAAGCCGUUGGAUCAGUAAUGACUAACAAAUACAGUGAAGGGUACCCAGGCGCCAGAUAUUAUGGAGGAAAUGAGUACAUUGACAUGGCAGAGAUAUUGUGUCAGAAGCGUGCUUUAGAAGCUUUCCAAUUGGACCCUGCGAAAUGGGGAGUGAAUGUACAAUCUUUAUCUGGGUCCCCUUCCAAUUUCCAAGUUUAUACGGCUCUUCUAAAACCUCAUGAAAGGAUCAUGGCACUUGAUCUUCCUCAUGGUGGCCAUUUAUCACAUGGUUAUCAGACUGAUACAAAGAAGAUAUCUGCUGUGUCUAUAUUUUUUGAGACAAUGCCUUACAGACUGGAUGAAAGCACUGGCUACAUUGACUAUGAUCAGCUAGAGAAAAGUGCUACACUCUUCAGACCAAAAUUAAUAGUUGCUGGUGCAAGUGCUUAUGCUCGCCUAUAUGAUUAUGCACGGAUUCGCAAGGUCUGUGACAAGCAAAAAGCAGUCAUGUUGGCUGACAUGGCACAUAUUAGUGGAUUGGUUGCUGCUGGUGUCAUCCCAUCACCAUUUGAGUAUGCAGAUAUAGUUACAACAACAACGCACAAAUCACUUCGCGGGCCACGUGGAGCAAUGAUCUUCUUCAGGAAGGGAGUAAAAGGGACCAAUAAACAAGGACAAGAAGUAAUGUAUGACUAUGAGGACAAAAUUAAUCAAGCUGUAUUUCCCGGACUUCAAGGUGGCCCCCACAAUCACACUAUAACUGCUUUAGCUGUUGCACUGAAACAGGCUAUGACUCCAGAAUACAGGGCAUAUCAAGAGCAAGUUCUCAGUAAUUGCUCAAAGUUCGCAGAUACUUUGUUAGAGAAAGGCUACGAAGUUGUAUCUGGUGGAACUGAUAACCAUCUUGUCUUGGUUAAUUUGAGAAACAAGGGUAUUGAUGGCUCCAGAGUUGAAAAAGUUAUGGAGGCAGUGCACAUUGCCGCCAAUAAAAAUACUGUUCCUGGGGAUGUAUCUGCCAUGGUGCCUGGAGGCAUUCGUAUGGGAACUCCGGCUCUGACAUCAAGGGGAUUUGUUGAACAAGAUUUCGUUAAAGUUGCUGAAUUCUUUGAUGCAGCCGUUACAGUUGCCCUGAAGAUCAAGGCUGAUACAAAUGGAACAAAGUUGAAGGACUUUGUGGCGACAAUGAAGUCAGAAGCUUAUCAAUCUGAUUUAUCUAAGUUGCGCUAUGAGAUUGAGGAGUAUGCAAAGCAGUUUCCUACUAUUGGUUUUGAGAAAGAUACGAUGAAGUACAAAGACUGAAUCAGGCCGGAUUUUCAGACAGGGUAAAUUGAGUUGGCUAGUAACAGAUACGAUGCAUCAAGGCAUUUUGACACUGGCAGUGACAAUGAAGGUUUGAAAGCUUAGAUUUAAUCUAUAAUGGCUUUAUCAUGUAUAGAUCUCUCUCUCAUCUAACUUGAUGCUAAUAAAGGUUUUUUUCCCUUUUUUUAAAUCUCAAGUUUUAAAUAAAUCAUUUGGCGUGUUUGUUUCUUUUUGUGUUGAGUACCAAUUGUCUGUUUUUUAAGGGCGUCUUGUCUCCAUGUUCAAGAUGGGAUGGGGUGGUUGUUAGGUUGAUGUCCUUUUUCGAGUAGUAUUUUGUAAAACGAUAUUAUGAAUUAACGUUCGAUUAUUCAAUUUGAAACUAUUGUUUAAGGUUCCA